AUGUCGGUAGACAUGCAGCUCCUUAGCCUUUUUCAGGUGUGCUGGAAGAAACAGGAGUUUAAAUUGCAGUUUGGGGUGGACCUUGGAGACCAUCUCUUCCCAUUUGCUCCUAAAAAGAUAGGCCAGAGAAUGUUCUUGCCUGAAUCUCCAAAUCGAGGUGACAUGUGCCGAGAUUUUGCUGUCUUAGAGGACCACACCCUGGCCCACAGCCUGCAAGAACAAGAGAUUGAACAUCAUUUGGCCUCGAAUAUUCAGCGGAACCGUUUGGUCCAGCAUGAUCUCCAGGUGGCUAAGCAGCUUCAGGAGGAAGAUCUGAAAGCUCAGGCUCAGCUCCAGAAGCGCUACAAAGACCUUGAACAACAAGACUGUGAAAUUGCUCAGGAAAUCCAGGAGAAGCUGGCUAUUGAGGCCGAGAGACGACGCAUUCAGGAGAAGAAAGAUGAGGACAUAGCUCGCCUUUUGCAAGAAAAGGAGUUACAGGAAGAGAAAAAGCGAAAGAAACACUUUCCAGAGUCCUCUGGAUCCAGUGCUUAUGGAGAUAAUUACUACUAUGAAAAUGGAGACCAGCCACAGUCAAGGAGGGCAAGGGAAUUGGGUUCUGGAGUCUCAAGGUCUUGUAGACUCCAAAGUGAUGGAAACACUGUGAAGCAAAGGAAAGAGAAACCCAAACAUCCAAUGGAGAACUUGGAAGAGCUAGAAGAUUACUGUUCAUCAGGGAAACUUCUGUCAUCCUGUAGCUCAAGCAAAGUGAGGGGCAGUCCCCACAAUGACUCUGAGCAGCGUGAAAGGAAGCGGUCUGAUCAUGAGAGACUUCGGAGACCUCCACUUCCCAAGAUCAGUGGUGAGGUGUUUUUGAGUACUGGAUUUGAUGACUGGGAGGCUAACAGUAGCCAUCGAACUCAGAAUUGGGAAAAAAAGUCCAGACAACAAGACCGACUUUCACCCAAGUCUUCACAGAAAUCGGGGCUUCAUUACAAGGAAGCUGUGUAUGGGAGGGACCGUGGGCAAGGUGAGCACAGAGAAAGGAAACACAGGCCCAGGACUCCUCCCUUCUCAGAGAGUGAGAAAUGGCUCCAACUCCAUGACACAGGAAUGAAGCCAAGAGGAAUGAAAGAGGCUGUCUCUACCCCAUCACGAGUGGCUCACAGGGAUCAGGAGUGGUAUGAUGCUGAAAUUGCCAGAAAACUGCAAGAGGAAGAAAUUUUGGCUACCCAGGUAGACAUGAGAGCAGCUCAAGUAGCCCAGGAUGAGGAAAUUGCUAGACUCCUCAUGGCUGAAGAAAAGAAAGCUUACAAGAAAGCCAAGGAGAGGGAGAAAUCAUCUUUGGACAAAAGAAAGCAUGACCCUGAUUGGAAGCCAAAAACAACUAAAUCGGCACACUCAAAGUCAAAAGAAAGUGAUGACCCUCACCGUUCUAAGAAUGACAGGCCAGCAAGUGCAGUCACUGCCUGCCUGACCUCGGGAAGCCUCUUCAACUCACCUGCCAACCUCUGCCCUCAUACCCUUCACCCGGCCUUGGGCUCUCACACAGAACUAGAGGCAUGUGUUUCAAUUAAGAGGCAGCUUCUGCUGAUGGAAGCUGGUCAGGACUUUGAAUCUGACACAGGGACCAGAGGGAGAGCUUCAUCUGCCAGGGAGCUGGGCUGUCAGGAGGUGCGGGGGCCACCAGGGGGUGUUGGCCUUUGGCAGGACUAA